AGUUUUGUUCUCACAGCUGGCUGGUUCUUGAGACUUUUUUUUUAGCGAAGGAAAUUAAAAUGACUGAAGCCGAUAAUUAUAAUAUAAUAACAGAUCCAGCGCUAGUGAAAAAUCGUAUAUUUGUAGGUAAUCUUCCGGUGUGCACGCGCGAGGAGCUGGCCAGUAUUUUCCUUCCGUAUGGCGAAGUCCUGGGAUCGGUGGUGCAGAAAAAUUAUGGAUUCGUGCAGUUGGAAUCAGAGGAGGUGGCCAAUAAAUGUGCAAUGUCCCUAAACAAAUCUACAUUCAAGACAAAAAUAUUGAGAGUACGUAAUGCAAACAACAGAGCCCCAAAAGGGGCAAAUGCAAACGAAAAUGCAAAGAACCUCCAGAUGCCCCAGGUUCCUGUGACAGUUCAAGGAGGCAUUGUGAUGUCGGCAGCGGCAGCAGCAGCCGGAGAGCCAGUCAUCAAUGAUUGCGAGAUCAUAGUAGUAAAUAGAGAUAAUACAAAAUAUGCGGAAUAUAUUGAGCACCGGCUGAGGAAUAUGGGCAUGCGAGUGGAUGUUCUGUUUCCCAAUGAGGAUGUCAUGUUAGGCAAGGUGUUGGCCAACAUUUCUUCGCGCGGCUGCCUUUACGCCGUGCUCGUCACGCCCCAGCACGAAUCUCUUAGCAGCAUUACAGUUAACAUAUUGUAUGGAGUCCCUGCCGAGCAUCGCAACAUGCCGCUUGAGGAUGCCGUAAAUCUAAUCGCCACAGACUUUAGGCUGAAGGGACAGCGUGAAGCCGUGAACAACUCCGCCGGGCCAGCUUCGAUGCCUCAACCCCAAAGACGACAUCCUGACCAGAUGCAGCAACUGAUCGACAUGCUUGCAGACAAUCGACCGAUGACGGCCUUGCAAUAUGAAUGCAUAAUCAAAUAUCUGCAAGGGGAGCGGGAGGAUCAGCUGAAGAGAGAGGUGGGCGAGGCCAACGCCGCUGCUAAGCUUCUGGAUCCUGAUCCAGAAAUCGAGCUGCAGAAGAAAAUUCUUAGUAUUAUGAACAAACCUGCGGUGACCGAAACGGGCAUAGAGCUAAUGUAUCCAAACCUGGAGGCGGUCAGGGACGACAAACGGCUCAUGGAGCUACUGCGGGAUGAGCGUGUAAUCGCAGCAAUGGAGACUAUUUUCAACAGUGACACCUUAUUUGACGCUGUAGCCGAGUUAUUAUAGAUUCUCAAACUUUAUUUUUAUAUACUUUAUUAUACACUAAUAAAAUAUACGCGAACUAACGA